AAAGCGAAAUAUAUAAUCGCUGGUCUCUUAUUAUUUUCCCUCAUUAUAACUCUUGUGGUUUACGCUGUACUCUGUACCGCUAACACCAAGAAAAGAACUACGUCAAAUAAUAGUACGACGUCAAAUAAUAAAACUAGUACGUCGAAUAGUAAGAAUAGUACGUCCAAUAAUAAGGCUUCAAGAUUUGCGUUCGUUUUCGUCGAUUCAUUACCUCCAGAUUAUCAGGACGUACAUGGAGAUAUACGUACCGGGGAAAAUUCAUAGGCUUUUAGACCGUUACUAUGACUAUCUGAAAUAUAUUGUAGGAGGUGCUCUGAUUGCCGCUCUUUUUAUUGGUUUUAUUGUUUAUGAGGUCCGGUGCAGAAAGAAGGACAAAGAAGAAGACUAAAAUGGAGCGAAAAGCGUAUUCCGAGUCCCGUCUCACCGUAGUUCAGCGUAAAGGCACCAUGUUUGGUGUGAAAAACAAGAACAACUUCAGAAUAUUCAUCACUGUCUUCGCUACAAUCAGUGUUAUGAUGUUCAUCGGCGUUAUCAUCUUCGUAUUGGUGAGGACGAGCGUAAUGCCGAGCGAGUAUAAGGGGAAGAAAACUAGUGCCUCUACCAGUUCCGCUACUACUACAACAGCGAGUCUUGAGCAAUUGGUCUUUUUGGCGAGAGACGCCGAUUUUGUAUAUAGGUAUUGACGUUUUAACCGCUCAUUGUUCACGGUACAGUAAUAGUUAUUUGUUAUACAAGGGGGCAAAGUUGUAUUUUAACGCCGAGUGUGUAAUUGAAAAACGAGCAAGUGAAAGGA